UACCGUGAAAUGUCAAAAUAUGUGUUUCAGGCAGGAAACAGUAUGUUUGUAGCAUUAUUUAAAUAUCUUUAAUGUUUUUCUAUUAGAAACCCCGUAUUCCCUUCUCUAUUUAAUGUUUAUUUAAUGUUAAAGAUUUGGAACUCCUAGGAACGAUGACUUGUAUCACGCGAUAAGCAUUUUGUUUGGGAACUGUAGUUUUGACAUGUGUUUCAAUUUUGGGGAUAGAAAACAAGAAAUACAUUAAAAUUGAACUAAUUAGUGUUAUUUAUAAUAUGGCCACAUACGAUAAUAAGAUUUGGCUCCUCAAAAACAUUCGAGAUGCAUUUAUUGCGACUGACGACACCGGUUUGUGUGAAAUCGUUAUGGCUGGAGAAGAUUUUUCGAAAGUGUUUCAAAACAAGGCUAUUGAAGAGAAAAAGAGGAUAAGAGAAGGGAGGUUGAUGCAGCCAGGUCCAAGCAAGCAUAAGGAUGGUAUGGGAGAUAUAUCAGAGGAAGAGAUAGGCAAAGAAAUAGUGACACAGUUUGAUCCAUACCCUGAUAUGGAUGAUAGCGAGGAUGAUGAUCCACUGUGUGGUAGCUACGUGCGGUACGAGGAUCUUGGAGGCUACAGACCAAGAUCGAACACAGCACAAUGGUUAGACAAAAAAGAACAAGCACUAAAAAAGGCAGCUAAAAUUAAAGUUAUAAAAUGGGAGGAUUCAUCGCUCACAGCAGACCAGUUGAAUGAAAUGUUUUCAAAGUUUGAGGUCAAGAAACCUGAGAAACAAAAGUCUUUACUCGCUGAACAGCUUCAGAACUGCCCCAACCUGCCCUAUCGUCAGUAUUUGGAGUAUGCUAAGUUUGAUGGUACUGCACAACUAGGACUGCCCACCAAGUCUUUCAAGAUCUUCAUGACUAUGCUUCCUGAGAAGCACCAAGCCUACCCCCUAGUUGUAUGUGUUAUCGCCAGUGCUAAGAUCAAGGAUUUAAUUGGUUUUACAUGCUAUAAAUACAGCAUUGAACAUCCAGACAUAUCUCUUGAAUCUGUGCAUGAUUAUGGACUUUGCAUAGCAGAGGACGAUGGUGAGGUUGACUGGGCGUUUCCCUGUCUUGAUGCCAAUGAGCCAUGCUCCAAAUUCGGCUUCACCUGUCUAGGUUUAGUUGAAUUAAAAAGUAAAAGUGCAAUGGCCCAACCUCCUUCGUCAAUACCAGAGGAUGGGAUGAGUGGAGCCUUUCAUGUGUUCUCAAAAGUCACAGACUCGGGCCAGAGCCAUCAGAAUCCAUCCAGACAUAAUACAGGCGGAAGUUCUACUUCAGAAGCUGUAUUAAGUGCUUUGAAAGCUUUAAAUGAAGGUGGAGAUGCAGACACUGGUAAAAUGCAAUCUCACAUAUUAGCGACAGAGGCGCCGCAAUACAAAGCAUAUAAGGUGUACUUACAACGCAAAGUUCGGUCUAACACGUGUGUUCAACUCGGCAUCUCCCUCUACAGGAUAGAAAUUGAACCACUAGUCACUAAUAAACAUGCUUUUUGGUCAAGGUCAAAGUACUUUCUGCACAGCAUAGAUUCAGUUGCAUGGUGUCAGAUAUUGGAGACAAGGGGAACUAGAACUACGUUCAGGAUAGUGUACUCCCCAAAUCAUAAUGCUGUGUAUCACGAAAGGAAUAAUGCAGGUAACUCCACAAUGUUCCAUCAAAACGCGAUAUUCAAGCUACACGACUUCGAAUGCGACCACGACAUGGCUAAGGAAAUAGUUGAGAAAGUGAACACUAUACUAGAUUUAAGGAACAGUCCGUGCCGCCGCGAAUACAAGACUGCCAAAGAGAAGAAACUGCAGACUAGAAGAAGUUUCCACACGAAACAUUUGAGUUGAGUCUCGUAGACGCACUUGUACAGUGUAUUAUACUCCUGUUAAAGUUCCUGAAAUGCACUCUUAAGAUAAGUGUCAAGUGACUAGAUACAUUAUUAGGGCUCGAAGUGCUUCAAGUUACAGUUUUAUACAUAGGGUGUAGAUAUUCGUCCCAGAAUUAUCAUACAUAGUCGAAACUAUAUGAAAUACCCUAUACAUGAAAUAGCCAAUAUUAUAAGUAUACCUAACCGUAUAAAUAAGUGAAAUAAAAUUAUAAGCAUAUCCAACUGUUUGAAAUUAUAUAGUUAACAUUUGCCAGGAAAAAAUAUGUUAUUAUAAUCUAGUCCUUUCCUGCUAUAAAUAA